CGCCGUUGUCGCACGCAAUCAUGGCCGCGUUUACCGACCCGACCCGAAGCGUGCCGCUUUGCUCUCCUCGUCGAGGACUCGUCUCCGAAGACUUAUAAUGCGGUUGUGUAAUACAACGCAGACAAUUUGGCGACUGAGAUUGCACAUGGAAAAAAAAAAAUCUCCGAUACGCGCACGUCCAAAGUAUAAACCUUAUCUGUCGCCGGAGCUGUCAGGAAUUUGUUGCAAGGUGGUUCCGCGGAGGAAACAUUCGACGGAUUACAGGAAAGCAGGAACUAAAGCGCCGAAGACGCAUUACCUCGUGUCACCAGUCCUCCACGCGGAAAUCGCGAAACUCGUGCGUCUACGUUCUACUUGGCCACAACUUGCCACAAGUAUGAGGCACCCUCAAUUUAUAGCAUUUUCCUGAAACAGGCGGUAAUAAAAGUCAAAGGUGGCCUAACAAAAAUAUUAAAAUGUUAUAAAAAUAAACACUAUUUCCUCAUUAAA